AUGGCAUUUCAAAGAAAAUCACAUUUAGAGAAUGACAAUUAUCCAAUCCAAGACAGAAAACAUGCAUUCAAAAGACCUUUAUGGGUGAUUAGUUUUGCAACAUUCUUGACAGCCAAUAUUAUAGGCUCCAUUUUCUCUAUUGGCUAUCUUCCUAUUGUCAUUCUGGCUCCGAUAAGUGCGAUGGGUCUAGUAUUAAAUGCGGUGGCAGCCAAGAUAGUGCUGGGUGAUCCAUUUAGACGAAAUACAGUGUUUGGCACACUCCUGAUUGUGAUGGGUGCAUUGCUCGUGGGAUUAUUCGGCAUCAUACCAGAACCAGACCAUGACAUAGACGACUUGAUUCGAUUAUAUAAAAAGCCAGGCUUUAUUGUUUAUUUCAGUAUCCUCGAAUGUGUGAUUAUCACUGGAUUACUGAUAACGCAUUAUUUUGAACGCUAUUAUUACCUGAUGGAUAUGGGCGACUUGAGAAAAUACGUGGGCAUCAGCUACGGUGUCUUGUCAGGCAACAUUAGUUCUCAGUCCAUCUUGUUUGCCAAGAGUGGACUGGAAUUAGUCAUCUUGUCUGUUGUAUCUGAUAAAAAUCAGUUGCAAUAUGCACUGACUUAUGUCUUGUUAGUCAUGAUGGCAUUGACAGCCAUCUUACAGUUAUAUUACUUAAAUAAGGGAUUACAGUUGUGUGAUACAGUCAUUAUGAUUCCGCUGUCGUCAUGUACCUUUAAUGUGUCUUGUUUGUUUAAUGGCUUAGUAUAUUAUGAUCAAUGGCCUCGUAUUGUUUGGUGGCAUUUACUGUUUGUCAUGCUGGGUGUGGCUAUCACUAUUUCAGGUGUCUUGCUUAUUUCUUGGAAACCAACAGCUGAAUUAAUACAAGAACCCUUGGCGGUGGAAGAACAGCAAGCUUUAUUGGGUCCUAAAAAGACCUUGGAUGUGGCAUGA